UUUAAGGGGAAAUGAUAGAAAGUCAAAGCAACAAGCGUAGCUUAAGAAAGAGACACAGAAUAGAUUGGAAAAGCUUCCAUCUUCGGCUUCGAAGAAGGUGAGGAACAAACAGUCUGAGAUACCGCAGCUUUUUAACCUAACAAUAACGAUGUUCACGCGGAAAAGCGCUUUUAGAGCUACCGCUUCUGAUUUUCGGAAUCUUCAACAACAUAUGGAAAUGGGUAUCGUUCCUUCUUUCUUAUUCUUCAAUCAUCACCACAUCUCCACUUCUGCUUGUACUAAGAAACCUUCUUUGCCUCACAAAAAUGGUGGGUUUGUUAGUAAUAACAGCACAAACAUUAGUAUUGAUGAUGCUUUGGCUUCAUUCUAUCGCAUGGUCCGCGUGAAUCCUAGGCCAUCUGUUGUGGAAUUUGGCAAAUUCUUAGGGUCCUUCGCUAAAAAGAAACAGUAUUCAACUGUUGUCUCUUUGUGCAAUCAUAUGGAUUUGUUUGGAGUGACCCACAAUGUUUAUUCUCUAAGUGCAUUGAUUAACUGCCUUUGUCGCUUGAACCAUGUUGAUUUUGCUGUCUCUAUCUUGGGAAAGAUGGUCAAACUGGGUAUUCAACCUAAUGUUAUCACAUUCAACACACUACUCAAUGGGCUCUGUAUGGAGGGAAAGAUUAAAGAGGCAGAAGAGUUGUUUAAUGAGAUGGUACGGCAAGGGCAUGAGCCCGAUGUAAUUAGCUAUAAUACUAUAAUCAAUGGUUUGUGCAAAACUGGCAACACAAGUAUGGCUGUUCACGUGUUCAAGAAGAUGGAACAACAUGGGUGUAAACCAGAUGUGGUGACAUAUAGUACAAUCAUAGACAGCCUUUGCAAAGAUAGGCUAGUUAAUGAUGCCAUGAAAUUCUUAUCUGAAAUGGUGGAGAGGGGCAUUCCAUCAAAUGUUGUUACUUACAGCUCCAUAGUCCAUGGUUUUUGCAAUUUAGGACAACUGAAUGAAGCUACUAGAUUGUUCAAAGAAAUGGUUGGUAGGGAUGUUAUGCCAAAUACAGUGACCUUCACUAUUUUGGUUGAUGGGCUGUGCAAAGAAGGAAUGGUUUCAGAAGCUCAACGUGUCUUUGAAACAAUGAUUGAAAAAGGUGUAGAGCCAAACAUUUACACUUACAAUGCUUUGAUGGAUGGGUACUGUUUACAGCGCCAAAUGAAUGAGGCCAAGAAGGUGUUUGAAAUCAUGAUUCACGAAGGUUGUGCACCUGAUGUACAUAGUUACAACAUCUUGAUCAAUGGAUAUUGCAAAAGUAGAAGGAUGGAUGAGGCAAAAUCACUCCUUGCUGAAAUGUAUCAUAAAGCAUUGAAUCCUGAUACCGUCACCUACAGCACUCUUAUGCAAGGUCUGUGCCAAUUAGGAAGACCUAAGGAAGCUCUCAAUCUUUUCAAGGAGAUGUGUUCUUCUGGCCUGCUUCCAGAUAUGAUGACUUACUCGAUUUUGCUAGAUGGCUUCUGCAAACAUGGAUAUUUGGAUGAGGCAUUAAAACUGCUCAAGUCAAUGCAAGAGAAGAAAUUAGAACCUGAUAUCGUCCUUUGUACUAUUCUUAUUGAAGGCAUGAUUAUCGCUGGGAAGCUUGAAGUUGCGAAGGAACUGUUUUCCAAGCUUUUUGCUGAUGGAAUACGGCCUACUAUACGGACAUACACUGUCAUGAUCAAGGGACUGCUGAAAGAAGGGCUUUCAGAUGAAGCAUACGAUUUAUUUAGAAAAAUGGAAGAUGAUGGCUUCUUGCCAGACAGUUGCUCAUAUAAUGUUAUCAUUCAAGGAUUUCUUCAAAAUCAGGACUCAUCAACUGCUAUACGACUUAUUGAUGAAAUGGUUGGUAAAAGAUUCUCGGCGGAUUCGUCUACAGUUCAGAUGUUAUUGGAUUUGGAAUCUCAAGAUGAAAUCAUAAGCCAAUUUAUGCGUGGAAGCUCUCAAGGUAGAAAAAUAAAGUGACAUUUUCCUAUCAAGUGACGUUGUAGGCUGAUGAGCCUCUUGUGAGUUCUAGCAAUACUCUGUUCUUUAACUUUAAUGAAUGAUCUGUAACAUCUAGGGUGACUUCCUGUGUUCUGUUUUGGCACUGGAUCUCACCUUGCAUUGUGUUGACUUGAAUCUAUGUGUAUAAAGUACAAAGUAUACAAUAAGCAGUCUUCUUUUCUUUUA